AUGUCUCUCCGUCUCCCAAAAAAUGAGCUUGAGGCGCACAUCUAUCUCUACCUGAAGGAUUGCAAGUACACCAACGCCGCUCAGGCGUUGGAGGAAGUUAAUCCGAAGGCUGUGACGUACUCUCGCAAGAUUAGCGUCUCUGCCCUCACUAUCGCCUCCCAAGCGUCAGCGGCUGCCAUGGACUCCGACAGCCACAGCGACGAUGACGAGCCCGUGAGGAAGCCGGUGGCCAAGAAGCCUUCGCCGAAGAUGGCCCCCAAGAAGGCCCCGGUCGCUGACAGCGACAGCGACGACGACGAGCCCGUGAGGAAGCCGGUGGCCAAGAAGCCUUCGCCGAAGAUGGCCCCCAAGAAGGCCCCGGUCGCUGACAGCGACAGCGACAGCGACGACGACAUUCCCGUGCACAAGCCAAUACCGGCCAAAAGGCCGGUUACAAAUUCGAGCUCUGACGACGACGACGACGAGCCCGUGAGGAAGCCGGUGGCCAAGAAGCCUUCGCCGAAGAUGGCCCCCAAGAAAGCCCCGGUCGCUGACAGCGACAGCGACAGCGACGAACCCGUGAGGAAGCCGGUGGCCAAGAAGCCUUCGCCGAAGAUGGCCCCCAAGAAGGCCCCGGUCGCUGACAGCGACAGCGACGACGACGAGCCCGUGAGGAAGCCGGUGGCCAAGAAGCCUUCGCCGAAGAUGGCCCCCAAGAAGGCCCCGGUCGCUGACAGCGACAGCGACGACGACGAGCCCGUGAGGAAGCCGGUGGCCAAGAAGCCUUCGCCGAAGAUGGCCCCCAAGAAGGCCCCGGUCGCUGACAGCGACAGCGACGACGACGAGCCCGUGAGGAAGCCGGUGGCCAAGAAGCCUUCGCCGAAGAUGGCCCCCAAGAAGGCCCCGGUCGCUGACAGCGACAGCGACAGCGACGACGACAUUCCCGUGCACAAGCCAAUACCGGCCAAAAGGCCGGUUACAAAUUCGAGCUCUGACGACGACGACGACGAGCCCGUGAGGAAGCCGGUGGCCGAAACAACUACUAAUGACUCUGACUACGACGAAGUGCAAGUGCAGAAGCGACCCAAGGCACAGGAGGAUGACGAGGAAGACGAGCCCAUUCGUCAAGUCAACCGCACCGAGGGACAGUCAAACCAUGGAAACUAUGGCAGCCGUGGUGGUCGCGGUGGCUUCCGUGGAGGCGAUCGUGGCGGCUUCCGUGGAGGCGACCGUGGCGGUUUCCGUGGUGGUGACCGUGGCGGUUUCCGCGGUGGUGACCGUGGCGGCUUCCGUGGUGGUGACCGUGGCGGCUUCCGUGGUGGUGACCGUGGCGGCUUCCGCGGUGGUGACCGUGGCGGCUUCCGCGGUGGUGACCGUGGCGGCUUCCGUGGUGGUGACCGUGGCGGUUUCCGUGGCGGUGACCGUGGCGGUUUCCGCGGUGGUGACCGUGGCGGCUUCCGUGGCGGUGAUCGUGGCGGCUUCCGUGGUGGUGACCGUGGCGGCUUCCGUGGUCGUGGUGGCGCCUCGCAGAUUGGCCUCAGCACGCCUGCGCUUAAUUCCAUGAACCAAAGCGUCAAACUUGGCAGUGACAGCGACUAG